AUGGGGAAGUGUCCUGUUACCGGCCACGGCAAGUCGAUGGAAGACGACGAUGCCUUCCGGGUCAACGUCGAGGAAGAUGUCAAGAGGGCCACGGCGAAGGAUGUCAUUGCGUUGAUGCAACCGUUCUACUGGCCCGGAAACCCCGGCGACAGCGCGCACAAGGUGUUCAUGCUGCGGUUGUUCGUCAUCCUGGCGAUCGUCUCGCUGUUCUUCGGCAAGGCCUGCAACCUGCUGGCGCCAUACUACAUGGGCCAGGUGAUCACCGCGUUGGGCAAGGGCGACAAGUCGUUAGCGCUUAAGGAUCUGCUGCUGAUGGCGAUCCUCUUCCUGGGCGGCACCACCUUCGACGAGACGAGAAACCUGUUAUUCAGCUACGUGCAGUGCCAGGGGCUGACCACUCUGGCCCUGAAGUUCUACAGCCACCUGCACACGAUGGACUACCAGUGGUUUGUGGAGACCAAGAGCGGGCAGAUGAUCCGCUGCAUGACCCGUGGCCUCGAGUCGAUGCGCGAAUUGACUCGCUUCGGCGUGCUGCUCAUGGUGCCAACGAUGUUGGAGGCGGUGUCCGUCUGCGUGCUCUUCGCCGUCUACUUCCGGGAGGUGUGGCUGGUGGUGACGCUGGUGGUCGGGUUGACCCUGUACAUCGUUGUGACCAUCCUGACCACCAACUGGCGCAACAAGACCCGUGCAGCGGAGGCGCAGAGGGACGACGAAAUGCACAACGUGGCGAACGACGGCAUGAACAACUUCGAGACCGUGAAGUACUACACCAACGAGUCACACGAGGUCGCGCAGUACACCUCAGUCGUGCGCAAGCACCAGAGGUGCCAGUGGCUCGUGCUCUCCAGCCUGAGCAUGCUGAACAUGUCGCAGGAGGUGAUGAAGCAAGCGACCAUCGGCCUGUGCCUGCUCUUCGGAGUGCUGGCCGCGUCCAGCGGCCGCAUGAGCAUUGGAGACGUCGUGUCGAUCCAGACCUAUCUCUUCUACCUCUACCGCCCGCUGUACAUGCUGGGCACCAUGUACGCCAUGAUCUGCCGUGCGAUGGCCGGCAUCCAGAGUGCCGCCAACAUGAUGCAGUGCAAGCCCGCCGUAGUGGACCGCGAGGACGCCGUCACGCUCGAUCUGGACGUGACCAGCUCUAGCGACGUGCCGAUGAUCGAGUUCAAGGACGUGUCCUUCAGUUUCCCCGAGCGCCGGGGAACGCAGCCCAAGGUGGUUCUGCGCAACAUCAGCUUCUCGGUGCCCAAGGGGCACUCGCUGGCCAUCGUCGGCCCGACUGGCACCGGCAAGACCACCCUGAGCCUGCUGCUGUGCCGCCUCUACGACCGCACCAGCGGCCAGAUUCUGGUCAACGGCAUGGACGUCACGGCGGUGACCCAGGAGAGCCUGCGCCGCAACAUCGGCGUGGUGUCGCAGAACACCGCGAUGUUCCACGCCACGCUGCGCGACAACAUCCGAUACGCCAAGCUCGACGCCACGGACGAGGAGGUAUACGAGGCGCUCCGUCGCGCGAGCUUCCUGGACCGCGUCAUGGCGAUGCCGGACAGGCUCGACACCGUGGUGGGAGAGAAGGGCAUGCGCCUCUCCGGCGGCGAGAAGCAGCGCGUCAGCAUCGCGCGCUGCUUCCUCAAGGACCCGCCGAUCAUCGUAUUGGACGAGGCCACCAGUGCGCUGGACUCCAAGACAGAGUCUGAGAUCCAGUCCACCCUGCGGCUGCUGUUCCACAACCGCACGGUGCUCACCAUCGCCCACCGACUGAGCACCACCGUCGACUGCGACUGCAUCAUGUACAUGGAGAACGGCGAGGUCAAGGAGCUGGGCUCGCACGGGGGUACAAGUCCCUGUGGGAAGCCCAUAAGUAAAAUGUCCGCUUUGCACAACCUCGUGCAAUCCGACAACCAUAACGGCCUGGAGCGCGUGCUCGAGGGCGCGCUUCGCAUACGGCGCCGCUCCGACCCCUACGCGACGGUGCUGCUUCCGGACUUCGUAGACAAGCGCGAUUCGCACGGAAGGACGGCGCUGCAUCUGGCAGCCCAUAAGGGCCGCGUCGCUUGCGUCCGACUGCUGCUGCGCUACGGCGCCUCGGCGCAGGCCAACGCGCGGGAUUCCACCACGGCUCUGCACUUUGCAUCGCAAAACGGGCACCACGAGGUCGUUCGCGAGCUAUUGCGAGCAGGCGCACGUGUCAACCCUAAAACGUCUACGGCCUGGAUGACACCUCUGCAUCUCGCGCUGUCUAAAGGUUACGCCGAGCUCGCCGCGGAACUCAUCGAACGCGGCGCCGUGCAAAAACACAACGCGAAGGGAAAGCUUCCGUUCGACCUAGCGACGGAGCCCACCCUGUCCCGCUUGCAAGAGCUGCUCGGCACGGAGCGUUUCGAAAGCCUGCGAGACAACGUCACGGACACCCCAAAAGAGGUUAAGCCGCCAGUACCCUUCUACAAUCGCAAGAAAAAACAAAAGGCGCCUCCCGCAGAGGCGAAAACCGACGCGAAACCUGACACAUCAGCGGAUGCCCAGGACGAAGCGAAUCCAGCGUAG